UAAAUUUCAGGCAUUGUGGGAAAAGGUCCUUUGGUCACGAAUGCACAGAAAGAGGGAGGGCGACGAAGUUUUUUUGGAAGUUGGUGAUCGAAAAGUAGUUGUAACUCCACUAGAAUGUCCGGCAGCGGCAUAUCGUUUGUGACAGAGGCGCAGGUAGAGGAGACGAAGAAGAAACGUCAGGAGGAGUGGGAGAAAGUCAGAACCGCCGACCAACCCGAAGAAUGCCCAGAGGAGGAGUAUGAUCCUCGGUCGCUGUUCGACAGACUGGAAGAACAGAAGGAGAAGAAACAGGCUGAGUACGAGGAACAGUUCAAGUUCAAGAACCAGUUCCGUGGGCUGGAAGAGGAGGAGACAAACUUCCUCGGGGAGGUGGACAACAUCCGAGCCAAGAUAGAGAGACAGAAGAGACAAGAGGAGUGGGAGGUCAUCAGGGAACAGAGAAAAGCUCUAGAACUUGUCAAUGAAGCAGGGGAGGCGGCAACUAGCAGCACUUCACAGUCUCCCCAGGAGCAAAGUGCCAAGAGACCCACCCCAAAACCUGUACCCAACCAGCCAAGGAAGUCCCAACAGGCACUACUAGCUGGGGCUGUCAAGAGAAAGAGAAGCAGUAGUGAUGAUGUAAAAGAUACCAGUAGUCUUCCAAAAGCAACAAAGUCUGAAGACAGUUCAUCACAUGACACAGAAACAGCGCAGGUACCAGACGACAGUAGAACAACAACAGACAGCGCUCCUGCCGUGGCGUUACAGACAGCGCAGGUGGUGGCGGUGCUUCCCGGUCUGGGCGCGUACAACUACAGCAGUGACUCCAGCGACGCUUCCAGUGACGAGUCUGACGUUAUCGAGGUUGUCCCCAUCCUGAUGAAGGGUUGCGCUGGAACGGCGGCCAGUAAACUUGCAGCAGGGGGGAAACAUCAACACCACAGACACUGACAUCUGUCACUGUAGAUCACAGGCCACACCAAUUUAUGUACUUGGUUCUUGCAGUUGUAAUAGUCUAAAGUUAACAUUAAGAAAUAGUAUGUUAUUGAAACAAAGGGCUGUGAGAUAAACAUGAAUCUAACUACUGUAAAUGUGUUUAAGUUUCCUGGGAUUUAAUUUUGCUUUAUAGAGAAAUUGGAGUGUUUGCGGCGGUUUUAAGUACAUGUUUGAAACAAUAGAUAGGUGGACAAAAUACAAAUUGCUUUGGUCUAAGUUCAAACUGAAGAGGUCACUGUGAAAAAUGUGACCAUUAAACCAUUGCAAAAUUUUCCUCAUUUACAGUAUAACCCCCAGAAACUCUGCAUCCCUAAGUGCAGACUUCAUCAUAGACUCUGUUUUCAUUUUGACUUUGAAGUUCAGCAUUUAGUUUGAAUCCAAGAACCUACCAAUCAAAUUGGUGUGGCCUGAUAUUUGAUUUUGAAUAACACUGGCCACUUUGAAUUUGGAAAGUCACUAGGAAUAUAGAGAUGGAAAAUCUAACCAACUUUGCCACUUACAUUUCAGCAAGUUGUUGUGUGUAAAGGAAAGUGUCACAUGUAAUGUGACUAAACAUGUGUCCCUCUAUAUUGCUAUUUCUCUCAUAACCUGUACAGUUGUAGUGAUAUUUGACACUAGAGUAAAUUAGAUUUUUAUGAUCGUAGCAUCUUUUCACAAUCUUUAAAGUGGCCAAUGUUAAAUGUAGUUCUUGAAAAUGCUGUUCUAUUACUAUUGUAAUAAUACUACAGUGUACAUACAUAUAAUGCUUGUAAGGUGUGUUCUGAUGGUCAAUACUGUAAAAGCAAAACAAUGUUUUCUUGAGUAUUACAAACACAGAAUGCUGUGAAAUGUAGAAAAAUUCUCAUCUUCUCAAGGAAUGACAUUGUUUGAUUGAACAACAUAUGGGAGUGAUACUUUAUCUUCAGAUUCCGCUACCAGCAUUCCUCAUACAUGUAUAAGAAAGGAUGCUUGAAAGAAAACCUUGUCUGUUUCUAAACUACUAUAUGAAUGAACUUGCAUAAUGUGUUACUCUUUAUAUGGUACUAAUUAGUAUCUUCUAAUAUGUCAACUUAGACACAGCCUUUCUAAA